CCUGGUUGCAGCGCUCCCCUCGACCCAUUUGCUCCACCGUGUACGUAAAGCGGCAACGGCGGCUUUGACACAUUCCUCCUCAUCUUAAUGCCCACUAAAUCAAGACUGGAAUGCAGCCCCGACUCGCCGACAUUGAGUUUAGUAAGACUCCUCCUCCUCCACUCAUGUCCACACUGACUCACAGGUACAUGCACACGUGUAUUUGGAAGUAAGUUAGUGUAGGUACUAGAAUUUUUCUUAUGAUUUUUAUGUCUAAAAAAAAAGUUCUAGCUCUGAUUCUCCUUCCUUAUAAAAUUCCAUCAUUUGCCAAAGCUACGUGGAUUCAGUGGGUUCAUGGCAACUUUAUGUGUUGUGUUAUGUUGAGACCACUUAACCCUGAGACCAGAGCAAGCGCCAAGUCAAGACUAAGACCAAUGACAAACCCAAACAGAAUAUGAAUCCAAAGAAAGCAUUUCAGUUCUUGAUUUAUUAUGAAUUGCUACCAUUUCUUAUUCAUGAAGUGUCCAUAUGACUAAGCUUCUGUAUUCUGUUUGGUCUCAGUCUCAGCCUUGGUCUCCCCCUCUCCUUAGUCUUGGUCUCAACUCGGUCUGGGGUUAGGUGUUCUUCACUACAACACUAAACUCUGGAUUUGAAGAGGAGAAUGUGUGGAGUUUAUGUGCUCUUCGAUGAUUCGUUGUCUGUCUAUAUUUGUCAUGUGGUGGAUUGGCAGCCUGUCCAGGGUGUCCCCCAACUCUCGCCCCAUGUAGCUGGGGCAGGCACCAACCACCACUGGAUCAUGCUGGGAAAAACAAAGCGGGCUUAUUCUUUUUGAGAAAUGUUUCAGCAACUGUCUCAGUCUGCAUUUAAGCUGUUUAUGUGACGCAGCUGUUGGUUGCCUGCCAGAUCACGUAGCAGGUGGAGACUGAUGUGUGACCUGGAAAUCCAAGUUUGAAGCACCAGAAUCCGGAAUGAAGAUCUGGUGCCUUUAAUCAUCAUCCUCAUCGGCUCAGCGAUCGAUGACAGAUAUCUGGGCUCACAAAUGCUCACAUGAUCCUUCAAUCUUCUGGUCCACAAUGAUGCUAAGAGCAGACAUUCAGCCCCCACCCCCCCACAGGCAAGACACAUUCUUCAGGAACAUUCCCCAGUCCUCCUGCAGGCGAACGGGAGUCCUCACCUCACACAGAAUGCCUCUUUACAGCCGGGAUUUACUGAGCACGAGCAUCUAUAAAAGCUUUUAAUGGGGUUAAUGUUGGGGAGGACUCGGUGAGCCCAAACCCUCUCGCCAUCACUCUCUCCCGCUGCCUCCUCACCUCUUCCCCCUCUCCCACCAUGAUGACAAGACGUGUCCAAGAAUCAUGAUUCAUGAGCCACCAGCAGCAGCAGCAGCAGCAGUGCCGAAGCCUCUGGGCAGGACCCGGACAAGGUGGAGGUCAGACCACCUGGUUCGCUGACCCCAAGGCCCGUCGCGGAUUGUCACUUCUGGCUGAGAAUUUGUGUCUGCUCCAAGAGAGGGAAGUGCAGUUUCCACAGGAGCUGAUAGACAGACUGUCCCACAGUGAGAUUCACAGCAUCAGCGACCUCCAGCGGCUACUGGAGAUUGACUCCGUAGGUGCGGGAAAUGAUGUCAUCGAAGCGCCAAAGCAUCACAAACACAACCACCAUCAUAAGAACUUCUCCCACCACCCGAGCUACUACAGCGACCUGAAGAGCUCGCAGCUACACAGCCGGCGCAGGAGGAGCAUCGUGGAGGAGGCGGUCCCGGCGGUGUGUAAGACACGGACGGUGAUCUACGAGAUCCCCCGCAGCCAGGUGGAUCCCACGUCCGCCAACUUCCUGAUAUGGCCGGCCUGCGUGGAGGUGAAGCGCUGCACCGGCUGCUGCAACACCAGCAACAUGCGAUGCCAUCCGUCGCGCAAGCACCACCGCACCGUUAAGGUGGCCAAGGUGGAGUAUCUGCGGAGGAAACCCAAGCUGAAAGAGGUCUUUGUGCGGUUAGAAGACCACCUGGAAUGUGUGUGCACGUCGCAACAUCACGCGUUGGAGACCUCAGAGGCAGAGACAGUGGACGUGAGGUGAAAGCAGAACCGGAAGACUCCAGCGUGGGAGGGACCUGAGCAGAGGGAUCUUUCCUGCCUCCGAGAAAUCAGAGCGAGAACAAACAGCAUUUCUGUAAAAACUGAAACAUAGGAUGCCAAAGGUGCUUUUUUUGUUGAGAAUGAACAAACCCAGGGAGGACGGCAGCGUCUUCCCCCGACCGAACACUCUGAGGUGGAGGUCCGGCUGAACCAGAGGCCAACGGAAGACAAUAAAAGGGACGUAUGUUGAAGAUUGUGAUGGACUUUUUUGGGGGGGAGCAGUCGGACCCACCUCUCAUGGACGCUGUGUUGCCUGGACUGUGAACAAAAGUGGAUGACCUCCAGCUGGGCACCAUAAAAGUGCCCUUCCCUAGUUUUAAUAAACUCCCACAAGAAGAAUGCUGGAGAGAGUCGGGGGGAAACAACAGAUUGAAAAAGCUUGACACUCCUCACGGGACUUUGUGAAUGUUUGCUCAGAGGCACCUCGGACAGUGCUCUCCUGCUUUGUACAGUGACAUUUGACAAAGAAAAGAUGUGGCGCUACUUUUAAACUAUUUAUACUUUCUGUCUCCUUCGGUACACGCAAGCGUUCUGUGUGGUCACAGUCCUCCAUGUUUGCUAUCGGUUUGUGUGCGGAGAGGAAAUGUCGGACAGGAAGAUGCUUUAUUUUUGUUAUAAAAUAUAAUAUGCUUACUUAUAUCCAAGCAGGAAUUUCUUUUGUUGUAGGAUGUCUGUGUUUAAUCCAGUGGCCGACUCUAUCGAACACAUGAGCCGGUGCUUAUUCGGACCCAUGUACGUUGCUACUCCACGAUCAAGUCGUCGCCACUGGUGUCGCUCCAUUGUCGCUAUAGGAAAGAUGCCCACCCUUCUCCUUCACCUGCACCCACAAAGGGCAAAGUCCACUCGGCUGGUUUAGAGAGUGAAUGAGUAAGCAAAGCAAAUUGUGCAUGAAUGGGCUCCUUGUCUAGAAAUCGCAACCUUUGAAGAGACUCACCUUCUGAGGGCAUCAUGAGAGAGUCGCGCCAAAACAACAAGUGUUUCCGAUGAAUGUGUAACCAGGCCAGUCCCGAGGAGGAAGUCGUCGAAUGUGAAAGAGUGAGUCACUGUGAACCUCUGUGUUGUGGCGCUCUCGUUCUCAGUAAAGCAGGGACCACGUGCUGCUCCGCUCAAGAAUGCCAACUCAAAACACGUUUCCCCAUUGGAUUAAGACAGCAGCGGUCAUAAUUUAUAUAUUUAU